AUGAAGCAAUCAAAUAAAUUGGAAACUUGGGGAAAUGAAAUGACCAUGAAUUUGAACAACAUUUUAUACCAAAACAUUCAAGCUUCACCUUAUUUCAAACAACUUUAUGAAUUGAAAACUUAUCAUGAAGUUAUAGAUGAAAUUUAUAAUCACGUUGAGUCUCUUGAACCUUUCCUUAAAGGAACAACUGCGUCUACAGCCUUUUGUUUGCUUUACAAGCUUUGGACUUUACGAUUAACGGUAAAACAAAUUAAUGGUUUGAUUCAACAUACCGAUUCUCCACAUAUACGCGCGUUGGGAUUUCUUUACCUUCGUUACGUAUGUAAGCCAGUUCAUUUAUGGGACUGGCUUGAAGAAUAUUUAGACGAUGAAGAGGAUGUCCAAGUUCAAGGCGGUUCUCGUCCAGUCAUUAUGUAUGUAUCUCCUAUGGAAAAUAUAGGUAAAAUGUGUCGCCAAUUGUUAACAGAUCAAAAAUGGCUCGGAACUAUUUUACCUCGUAUUCCAGUACCAAUCGCUCGUGAUAUCGAACAAAAAUUGAAGGAGAGAUCACAACCUCCCCCUCAGCCAAGAAGGGAAUCGCCUACAUAUGAUGAACCAAAGAUACCUUCUGCAGAACGUUCACUAAGACGUGAAGACGAAGAACGAGAACAUAGACACAGUCGUAGUCGCAGUGUUGAUAAACCAAGAUCUCAUCGAACUCGAGAUUAUGAAUAUGAACGAGUCGUGAGCGUCACAGAAGACAUCGAAGUUCUAGUCGCGAUCGUAAGGAUCGUCGUAGUAGCUAUGAUUAUGAUCGAAAAAGAAAAUAUGAUGAUGAUAGAUAUGAACGUCGUAGAAGUUAAAUGA